CUUUACCGUGAUUUUUAACAUUUUUUUUUUUUUUAUUUCUUUUAUUCUUUUCAUAGUGCAAUUAAUUACCACAUCACCUGAACUAUCACAAAGGCUCUUUGGUUUGAUUAAGCCAGCAGCCACGGUUCAACCACAACCACAACAACAACAACAACAACAACAGCCACAGCAGUCACAAAAUGAUGCAACACAAACGACACCCACACAAGCAUCACUCCUACAACUUAACGAAGCGCAGGAUGCCACUACACACUUACCCACCGCCUUGGGACUAAAGCCGCAGCAGCACCAGCAGCAGCAACAACAACAUAACAUCGCACAAAACACCAAUUCUCUGUUGAAGCAGCAGCUACGCGCCGGACUUAAAGAAAUUUCUACUAACAACGUGUCAAUUGAACCAAUAUCAAAUAAUAGUACCACUGAUUUCGGCUGCUCAGCGCUGCAAUCGCUUGCGAGUGUUGCUGAACGCCAAACGCCCAAUGCAAUACAGCCGCCAUCGGCUAACAAUUUACACCACCAGUUCUUGCUCCACAUGGCCGCCAAUCCCAUGUUAAAGCCGAGCGCUGAUUUCUUUCGACAACAGCAACAGCAGGCACAACAAAAUCUGCAUCAGCAACAACAGGAGCAAUUAGCUGCACAAGAACAGCAACAGCAGCAGCAGCAGCAACAACAAACGCAAGCCAAGCAGACACAACCGCCAUCACAAUCAACGCAAUUGCUCGAACAGGAGCUGCAACGCGAGGACAGCAUGUCGCCCACAAAUGUGGAUCUCAUACUCGACCAGACCGACAAGUCAGAGCCAGAAUUGACGCUAGCCGAUGAGACUGCGGGUUUGGAUUACAAAAACGCCGACACAUCACAAGGCAACAUGGAUGAUGCAGUCGCCAUUACAACAAUAACAAUAAUUGAUGCACCAGACAAUGAGAAUUCGAAUGCAAAUGCGAAUUCGAAUUCGAAUGCUGCUGAAGCUCUCACUACGACGGCGCGCUCAAGUGGCACCUCCCGGCGGCCAGUGCAACGACGGCGUAUACGACGCAAAGCGCAAUCUACAAUCGACGAUCAAGCGGAACACUUGACCGAAAUGUCGGUGCGUGGACUCGAUCUCUUCCGGUAUGCGCGCAUCAACGAAGGUGUCUACCAAUGCACUGAGUGCGCUAAAGAAGACUUGCAAAAGACGUUCAAAAACAAGUACAGCUUCCAGCGACAUGCCUUCCUCUAUCACGAGGGUAAGGUGCGCAAAGUCUUCCCCUGCACUUUGUGCGGCAAGGAGUUCUCGCGACCGGAUAAAAUGAAGAAUCAUCUAAAGAUGGCGCAUGAGAAUUUUGUGGCGCGCGACGCGAACAGUUUUAAUCCGCUGAAUUAUUUGAUUACGGCGGCAACGGCGGAGGAGAUGCAAACUGCAAUAUACACGGCGAGUGCUGCGGCACAACAACAACAACAGCAGCAGCAACAACAACAACAGCAGCAGCAACAACAACAGCAGCAGCAGCAUCAACAACAGCAACAGCAACUAGCACAGCAGCAACAAAAGCAGCUAGCACAGCAGCAGCACCAACAACAUCAGCAAAGGUCAAUCAUGCAAAAUGAUUACUUGGAUAACGGUAUCGGCGUUUUGCAUGCACCGCCACAGGAGCGCGACACAUCGAGGCCAACAUCGCCGAUGUCAGCUGUGUCAUUGCUAAAAUUGCAGAGUGACUUAACCAUUAAAAAUGAAAUUGUUAUAUCACCGUCGCCAUCACCUGAACCGAUACUGACUGUGCCAGCGAAUGCUGCCGCGGCAUCAGCAGCAGCUGCAACAGUAGCAAAAACAGCAAAUAUGUCAAUGCUACAGGCGAAACGUAUAACACAAAGACUGGAAGAGGUUAAGUAAAAUGGGAUUUAUUUAUACAAAAAAAAAAAAAUCUACUAAAGUAAGUUAGUUGCGGAAGUGGGAGUCAAAAGAAAGUUGCUAAGUACAGAGUGUUUAAGAAAAAUAAUUUUUAGUUAGCUUACAAACUUUUUUUUUAAACUCUAAAUAUUUUCGGUAGGCCGCAAAGUGCAACAAAUACAAAAUAGUAGUAGCUUUUGAUGUUGUGUCGUCAGUGUGAACGCAUAACUAAAGGGUCUGAUUUACAUAUAAAUAAAUAUUUAGUACAUAUACGACAUAUAAGAAUUAAUACACAACAAAAAUCAACUCAUUUACUUAAAUAAUUUACAUACACGCAUAAUUAAAAAAAAAUAAUAAUCGUAAUUAAAUAAUGAAAUAUGCACAACUAAUAGUAAGCGAGACGCACAAAAGUUAAGCAUACAACAAAAAAAUACAAUUAACUUGGCACAAAAAGAUUAGAUUUUUUAGUUUUACAAUUAUGGUAUUAGUUUUGUUCGUCGAGCAAAAAAUUUGUACGUAUACGCAAAGUUAAAGUUCUCUUGUUAAGAAAAAUCACAAUACAUUUAAAUUCAGUUUUUUUUCCAGCCGAAAGAAUUUUAAAAACUAUAAAAUCGUAUUAUGUUUGAAAUGCAA